ACAAAAUGAAGUUGCCGCCCUGCAUUACUCUCAGAGUUUGGACAUGAGUGAGGAUUAAUAAAAGAAGCCAUGAUGGACUGUUUAUAUAUUUUUCUCUUUAUGCUCCACUUCAGUGCUGGGUGUGAUAUGGUUCGACCGGGGUCAACACUUGAGGUGACUGCAUAUUCAGGAGAGUCUGUAGUUCUGCCCUGCUCCUGUACUGAACCACUGGCUAAACCUCACCAGCUACAAUGGACGUAUGUGAAGAAUCAUGAAGAAAUUUAUCCAUCUGAACACACUGAGAGGUACAAGAACAGAGUUACACUGUUAAAACAAACCACACCAGGAAAUCUCUCUCUACUCCUCUCAUCACUGACCAGAGAGGAUGAUGGAUACUAUCAAUGUUCUGCGUCAUCUGACCAGUAUACCUACAUCAGACUUCAUGUUAAAGGGUGUGAUAUGGUUCGACCGAGGUCAACACUUGAUGUGACUGGAUAUUCAGGAGAGUCUGUAGUUCUGCCCUGCUCCUGUACUGAACCACUGGCUAAACCUCACCAGCUACAAUGGACGUAUGUGGAGAAUCAUGAAGAAAUUUAUCCAUCUGAACACAUUGAGAGGUACAAGAACAGAGUUACACUGUUAAAACAAACCACACCAGGAAAUCUCUCUCUACUCGUCUCAUCACUGACCAGAGAGGAUGAUGGAGACUAUCGAUGUUCUGCAUCAUCUGACCAGUAUACCUUCAUCAGACUUCAUGUUAAAGAAAGGCCACAUGUCCAUACAAUCUAUACAUCAACAUCCAAACCUUUAACAACCAGCAAACAAACCAGUGAACUUAACCAACAGCCAAAAGACCCAUUAACACAUCAACAACACAACAUGCCUCAGUAUGUUGUUAUUUUAAUGGUAGUGUUUGCCUCAGUGCUGUUACUGGCAUUACUAGCCUUUAUCUACUGGAGAUGGAAAGGAGGUAAAAAUGUGAAAGUGACCCGUGAUGAGCCAGAGCUAGUGAGAGAACUGAAGAAUGAGGAUGAAGUUACCUAUUCUGCUGUAGUCCAUGUUAAAAGAUCAUCCACACCUGCUUCCACACAGAAUGACAUAGUAGAUGACACAGAGUAUGCUAGUGUAAAUGUAAAACGAACUUAAAACAAUUUGACUAAACAUUUGAGUUCAUCAUUCCAAUGUUAUAUUUAGAUCCUCAUUGCAGUUUUAGAAACCACGUGUCCAAAAAGCUUGAUUUAAAAUGUAACUAUAUAAUCAAACUAUAUAAUAUAAAUUUGACUAUGCAUGUAGUUUUACCUGUGUACCUUUAGUUACUGUAUAUAGUUUUGUGCAACCGUUCUAGUUGCUGUUCAGCAAGAAAACAAGUUUACCAAUUUGCUCAAGUGUAAAUAAUCAAUUUAAAUUCAAAUUUAAAUUCUCAAUUCACUCAAUAUACAGCCAAAUUAAGAGACCAUUUCAAAGCACCAUUUCAGUUUCUUUUAUGUACUGGUAUGUGUUUAGGUACAAUGGUCAUUUUUGUUUCAUUCAGUGAACUGCUAACAAUAUUUCUCCCAGAUUUCAAAUAAAAAUGUUUAUAUUUGCAUUUAUUUUCCGAAAAUAAAAACUGGAGAAACAGGUUAAAAUAACAGAAAAAAGCUCUGUAUUUUUUCAGACUUCAAUUACUGCAAAGAAAACAAGUUCAUAUUCACUUUUAAGCAAUACAACAGUAAUACUUAUCUUUAGGAAAAGUUAAACAAUUAUUUUUACGUGACAACCUUGAUUUUUUUCACAGUUUUCAUGUCUUGUCAUGCUAUCCGUCUUUCACAUUGCUGUUGGAUUAUAUUUCACUCCUGACUUUUGAUUUGAUUGAAAAGCUCCAAACACUGGACUGGAAUGACCACAAUACAUUGAGAAAUGCUGACUAAAUGAAAGUUUGGAACGCUCUCUUAUUUCCCCCAUUGUAAUAAUGUAUAUAAAAGAACUAUUUACCCUGUUUGAUAUGUUCAAACAAUGCAAUAUUACUAUAUGUGUAACCAUGUCUAUGCACUGUAAAAAUGCAUCAAGGAUAAAUCUAGAAGAGCUAUUGAAAUCUAGUUACUGUAUACAGACAAGUUUUUCAGACUGUUUCACAUAGCAUUGUAGCAUUAUGAAGCUAAAAGCGUAAAUUUGGAAGGAGUCCGAUCAUUCAAUCCAAUCAAUCAUCUCAAUCUUAUAAGCAGCAGCCUACUAUAAUGCUAUUGGAUUUUACAGCAUCCCUUUCUGAUUGACCUGUUUUUUUUCCCAUAUUUUG